AUGCUCGCACCCAACAAGCCCAAGGGCCCGAGGGCCUGCCUCACGUGCGCCAAGGCGAAGAGCCGCUGUGUGCCCGGCCCCGUUGCCAACGUCUGUGAGAGAUGUCAGCGUCUCGGAAAGCCGUGCGGAUCGCAGACGCCGGCACCACAACGCCGUCGACGGCUGGAAGGAUCGACUGGCGGCACCGAUGCUGCCACUGCUGCUACUGUCUCUUCUGCUGUAGGGGUCGCGUCGACCGUGGCCCAACGCCCGAGAACGACCAAGCCAACUCGGGUGUCGGAGCUCGAACGUCGUCUUGAAGUCCUCACCAGCCGACUCGAGACGGUGGGCCGACAGCAGAAGCAGCAACAGCAGCCGACGACGGCAACUUCACCGCAGGACGACGCUGGACAAGGGGACGAAUCGGCAGCAGCAGCAGCAGCAGCCCUUUCGACCUCCCACUUUGUCAAGAACCAGCCGAUGCCAUACUACCCUAUGACCCACAUCUUUGAACCCAGCAGACAGACUACGACAGCGGCAGCCGAUGCAACGACAGCCGAAGCCGAAGCCUCGUCGCCGUCUGUGAGCAGCAACAACAACCAGAGCGGCAGCGUGUCGGGCCUGUCGUCGUCGACGGCGGUAUCGGCGCCCGACCUGGACACAGACGACCUGCGGCCAUGCCACUUUUUCCCGCCGUGCCAACUGCGACAGCCGCACACACCGCCGACAGGUGCGACCGACACGGCCGACGCAGCCGGCGACGUUUGGCCACAGGCCGAGGAGGCCGAGAUGCUGCUGCAGGAAUUCCGGUCGCACCUGAUGCCGCUACUGCCGUUUGUAGUGGUACCGGACGGCGUGUCGUCAGGCCAGCUGCUGGCGGCACAGCCGCUCACGUGGCGAGGCGUGAUGAUGACGGCCUGCCAUCUGGACGGCCCACGGCAGAUGCUGAUGGGCAACCAGCUGCUGGGCGAGGCGACGGGCGCGGCGCUGCUACAGCCGCGGCGGUCGGUCGACGUGCUGCAGGCGCUCCUUCUGCUCCUGUCAUGGUUCCACUACAACAUCAACAGCUUCCAGCUGAACAACCUGCUCUUUCUGGCACGCGGCAUCACAGUGUCGCUCGGCCUCGGCGAGCCGCAUCCGCCGAGCAGCAGCCCAGACGUGCCAGACGGAUACACGUCCGAGGUGCUGCAGAAGAUGCGCUGCUUUUCCGGGACGUUUUAUCUGGCAACAGUCGCGACUACCAACAAAAAGGCUGACACGAUGAUGAACUCGCCGUACCUAGACACGUGCUGCCAAGUGCUCGAGCGACGGAUGGAACAGCCUUCGGACAGAUUUCUGGUGCAGCUGGUGCGGAUCCAGCAACUGAGCCAGGCGAUUGUGGUGGCGUUUUCGCUGCGCAAUGCCGGGAUCCAGAUGGAUCUGUCGACCAGCUUCAUGGUGGAGAACUUGAGCCAGCGGAUUGCGCAGUACAAGGCGCAGCUGCCGGUGCACUUCCGCAACGACGUGUCGAUCAACUGCCACAUGCAUCUGGCUGAGGUGUUGCUGUACGAGGUCGGGCUGCAGGAUAGCAACGGGCUGAACAAUGGGCUAAGCCUGCCGGUGGCGGAGCGGCUGAAUCUGCUGUCGGCCUGUAUGCGGGCAACACGCGACUACAUGCAGAGCCGGUUUGCAGAGCCGGUGCAGGACCAGCCACGCUUUGUGUGCCUGACGGCGUUUGACUUUAUUUAUGCCUUCCUGACGGCGCUCAAGCUGAUGACGUUCCAGAUGCCGGGAUGGGAUCCACGGCUGGCGCGUGAAGAGCUGGCCUUUGACUAUGUCGUGAGCCGGCAGAUUUUUGACAUGCAGCAGCUGGCACGGCGACGGGGCAUGCGCAGCCACAAGGCCAGAGGCAGUGAAGCCGGUGCGGCAGCCGGUCGAAAAGCCGGAUCUAGCGAACGUCGGGAUCCGUUCCAGCGGCUGGCGACGCGACUAGUCGAGCUCAAGGCGAUGAUAUCGCGGGAGCUAGACCAGCUGCCCAGCAAGUCGACCGGAGAAGUGGCGAUGUCGGCAAAUGAAGAAAUGCUGUCAGCAGUAGCAGAGGCAGCAAAAGCACCCACACCCACACCCGCACCUGCACCUGUACCCGUUGCAGAGAGCACCAACGCAGCCAUGGCAGACGCAGAGCUGAUGACAGACUUGGCGGGUGACUUUGACAUUGGCAUGAUCGACGCGGCGCCGGCCAUCUUCAGCUUUGCAGACGCAACGAUGGACUACAUGCAGAAUAUGGACGGAUCGUCGUGGCCGGACCUGUUCAACACACCGGGGCUGGACUCGUACAUGGACGUCAACCUGGGGACGCCGCCGUUUGAUUGGGACAUAACUCCUCUUUUGAAGAAGCAUACGAUUACCCCAUCAUCAUCACCGCCAUUCAGCAUCAUGGCAGUCCAGGUGCGGCCGGUGGUGGACUACUCGGUGUACCUGGUGACAGACGGGACGGCAGCGAUUCUGGGCGACGGCCGGACGGUCGAGGGGGUCGUGCAGGCGGCUCUGACGAGUCGGCAGGCGAGCGAGGGUUCUCAGAGCCGCGAGAGUUCCCGGAGCAGUGUGGGCAUCGUGCAGCUGCGAGACAAGCAGUCGGACGCGCGGGGUCUGUUAGCUUCGCUGGCGGCACUGCACGAGCACACAGCGGCGGCCGUCGUGCCGCUGGUGAUCAACGACCGGGUCGACGUGGCCGCCGCAGCGAUGACGGGUGGAUUCUGUGAGGGCGUGCAUCUAGGCCAAGACGACGUCGACGUGGCGACAGCACGACGGCUGCUGGGGCCGGCCGCGCUGAUCGGCGUCACGGCAAGCACGGCAGCCGAGGCCGUGGCCGCCUGUCGUGACGGCGCCGACUAUCUCGGACUCGGCACCGUCUUUGCCACGGCCACCAAGACCGAUACCAAACACGUCGUCGGCACGGCUGGCCUCCGUCGCAUGCUGGCUGCCAUUGCCCGUGCUGGCUUUGGUCACGUGCCGGCCGUCUGCAUCGGCGGCAUCGGGGCUGCCAACGCCCGCCGCGUCGUCUUCCAGGGAGCCUGGGAGGGCGACGACGUCCAACAGCUACCCCCGAAACGAGUCGAUGGCAUCGCCGUCGUCAGCGCCAUCAUGUCGGCCCCCGACCCGGCUGCUGCCGCCGACCAGCUCGCCCGUCAGGUCCGUCUCGGCCAGACCUGCGGGCCCACGGCUUUCUGGGCAGCUCCGACGACAACCACAACAAGAAGCAAAACGACCACCCGCUCCAUCCAGCCCAUCCUCGCCGCCAUGCACCGCCUCACGCCCCUCUCCCACAACAUGACUAACCUGGUGGUGCAGAACCUGGCGGCCAAUGUGGCCCUCGCCGUCGGGGCGUCGCCCAUCAUGGCCAACAGCGGCGCCGAGGCUGCUGAUCUGGCCCGCCUGCCGGCCAGCGCCCUGCUCGUCAACACCGGCUCCGUCACGCCCGAGAGCGUGGCUGCCUACGUCCAGGCCAUUGCGGCCUACAACGCGGCCGGCCGGCCGAUCGUCUACGAUCCCGUCGGCGCUGGCGCCACAGACGUCCGUCGAGCCGCCGUCCGCACCGUCAUGGCCGCCGGCUACAUCGAUGUCAUCAAGGGCAACGAGGGCGAGAUGCAGGCCGUGUAUGCCGCGGGCAGCAACCCGGACGAUGGCGACUGCCCAGACAGCUCGUCGGCCCAGCAGCAGCGCGGCGUCGACGGCAGCAGCCGGCUCGACGGGACAGCGCGUGCUCGCCUGGUUCGCCGUCUGGCCGCGCGUGAGCGCUGCGUCGUCGUGCUCACGGGCCCCGUCGACUACGUGGCCGAACCGACAGGUUGUCAUGUCCUCGCCGUCGCUCACGGCCACCCGCUGCUCGGUCAGGUCACCGGCACUGGCUGCACCCUCGGCACCGCCAUCUCGGCUGCCGUCGCCGCUGCCGGCGUCCUGCGCGAAGAGGCCACCGAUCCCUCAGCUGCAUCCGUAUUUUCCACCUUUCACGCCGUCGUCGCUGCCCUCGUCCUCUACGAACGCGCCGCUGAGCUCGCUGCCCAGUCGGCCACUGUCGCCGGCCCCGGCUCCUUCGUGCCCGCCUUCCUCGACUGCCUCGCCAGCUGCCGUCACCGCGCUGCUGCCGGCGACAUGGCCUGGGUCCAGGACAACUACCGCAUCACAGACACAAACCCCCCCUUCGCCUCCUACUGCCCCUACUGCCAGAUUGCUUCUGCCGCCUCACCCGCUCAGCACCUGCUGCCUCCCGGACUCAAGCCUCCACCUCCAUAUCGGCCUGGCAGAGCCCCCGCUUCAUCUGACGCUCCGCCGCCUUAUACGGCUGUCCCGCUGACUAAGCAGACCAUCGUGGACGACACGCCCAUCCUCCACCAUCUCGACCACGACCGCGACUCCAUCGCGUCACUGUCCUUGCGCUACAACGUACCUGCGGAUGUCCUACGCCGCACAAACCGCCUGGCCGUUGAUCAUCUGUUGCUGGGCCGUCGCGUCGUCGAGAUCCCCCGGCUGUCCUCGUCCUCUUCGCCCGUCUCCCUCUCUCCCAACCCGGUCGAGGGUGAGGUCGAGGCUCUGCGCAAAUCUCAGAUCCGCCGCUUCAUGGUUGCCUGCAAGGUUGCUGACUACGACCUCGCCGUCCUCUACCUCGAUCAGGCUGCCUACGAUCUCGCACCCGCUAUCGCUGCCUAUCAGGCCGACGAGCUGUGGGAACGCCAGAAUCCACAGGUCCGGAACAAGAUCAAGACCAAGACCAAAACCUAUAAUCGCACCAGCCUACUCUCUCUUGUCAGACCACGUCCACCACCUGAGACAGACAAGCAUUAG